AUUUUAGUUAGAUGAUGAUGAUUUCAAGAUGUUGACAGCCGACAAGCCAGUUCAGGUAUUGCUGCACGAAGCUGACGCCGGACAACCAUGUUUGGUUUGUGGAGAUGAGUGUCCCGGACUGGAAAUACAUUUCUGGAGGAAGAUCUGUAUAAACUGUAAAUGUGCAGCGUCUGAUCACCAGGCUCCUCCGACACUGCAACCCAUAGAUCAGGUAAAACGAGGGAAGCAACUUGAGGACAAUAUCAGAGCGCAGUUCGAAUGCGGGAACUACAGCUGGAUCCCUGAGGGCCUGUCGCCGGUUCUGGUAGAAGAGUACAUGAAACAGCUGCCCCCAGAACAGCGUCCCUUAGUAGGCAGUGUGGGAGAACAAUACAGACGUAAACUACUGAUGACACAGCUCCCAGUUCACGACCACACUCCCAAUGAAGGGUUGUGCGGUGCACAAGCAGAAGAGUUAACUGAGUUUAGCAGACUGAGAUAUGAGAUGAGUCACGGGGUCGGUACUGUCAGGACCAUCACCAAUCAAGAAGCCGACAUGUUUGACUGCAGAACCUGUCAGUCCCCAUUAUGCGCAGACCAACUGGGCGUCUUCACAGAAAGAGCAGGCUCUGCUUGUAUUUGGUGUGUGGGGUGUUUCAAGUGUGACGUUUGUCAGGAACCUCUGGUAGAUCUCCACUAUUUCUACAAGGAUGGUGAACUGUUUUGUGGUCGACACCACGCCGAGCUGUUAAAACCACGCUGUAAUGCUUGUGAUGAGCUAAUCCUGGCAAAAGAGUACACGUUAGCAGAGGACAGAAACUGGCACAUAGAUCACUUCUGUUGUUGGGAGUGCGACUCUCCGCUUGGGGGACAGCGCUAUGUUACCAGAGACGAUCAUCCCUUCUGUAUUCUAUGUUACGAGGAGCUGUUUGCUCCACCGUGCAAAAAAUGUGCCCUACCCAUUGGACUAGACAGUGCUCACAUGGUACACAGAGAAUACCACUGGCACGCAACUGAGUCCUGUUUCUUCUGCGAGAAUUGCCAGGUCUCCUUGAUAGCCUCCCCCUUCCUCUUCAAGUUUGAGGAGAUAUUCUGCUCUUCCACCUGCGCUCAGCAGUACUCAGUAUCCCAGCUGAGCGACGAGCCACCCGAAAAACACCCUCAGAUAGAGAUUGUAGAGGACAACCCUGUGGACAGAAGCAGAGUUCAGAGCAUACUGAGAAAAGAGUCGACUCCUUCACCUCCCAAAGAGAACGGAUUGCAGCACAAGAAAGUAAUGUUUGACGUGUCACGGGAUCAGGAGCUGGAGCACGAACUGGAGUACGAACUUGAACAAGAUUUGGAGUAUAUCACUUCAGAGAUCACGCGGACUCAAUCAGAGGAAGAGUUUGAGUACUUGGAGAAAUCUCUCAUUGAACACCAUGUUGUAGAAGAACAGUGUGGAGACUGCAACGAGUCCCUUCUUGAAGAAAACCCUGCUGAAAAGGAGUCUCCAAUUUCAGUCUCCUCAUUCUCUGAAUCACCAAUGAGUGAACCUGAACAUUCGGAAUUAUUUACAGUUGACAUAGAUAUUAUGGAAGCGGAUGUCGUAAAACCAGAGGUUACCGAAGUAGUAAUAGACAUAACGGAAGAAAAUGUGGCUAAACCAGAGGUUACCGAACUAGAAAUCAGUUUGCCAGAUACGGAAGAUGGACAUGCUGAGGAAGAUGUAGAUUUUAUGGUAACCGAUCAAACUGGACAGAUCGAUAGUCAGGAAGAUGUUGAUGAAUCAGAUAUCUCUGACAAUGAGCCUAGUAUUGAUAAAGUUGAGAAUAAAGGCAAUGAAUCAAAGCUAGAUAUUUUGGAAAAUGAUACAUCCUAUGAGGAGAUCAUGUUACAAGUAGAGAAUAUGAUAAGCCCAGAAGAAGUUUCGAUAGAAGAACAUACUGAGCCUGCAAAACAAGAGGAAAAUGAAGACGAGCAAGAGCAAGAGCGAGAGCAAGAGGAGGAACAGCCUCUCACGCCCCAGAAAUUGCCUCUUACACCAGAGAUUGUUGUAACUGACCCGCAGUUCUCAAGUAACGGGGUAGAAGAAACAACAGAGGAGCAAAAUCAGUCUGAGGAGCAUGUUAGCGUGUCUUCAGAGGCUGAAACAGACAUUUCAAUGGAAGUAAAUGUGGAUGUGUCACUGUCAGCGGAGGUGGAAUCUGUGGAAUUGGAGGAGAGGCCAGAGGUUGGAGAGGAGAGUGUUGAGACUCCUGAGGAGAAGGAGAACCAUCCACUUAGGAACAGGACUCAUAGUGACAAUGACCUAGACCUGAAACCGCCCAGAAAACCUGCUCGGAACAAACUGUCCUCUGCCUCCUUCAACAGAGUGCUAAGGAAGAUAGACCACACCAGUAACAAUACCAUGUUCCUGGAUAGACCUGGUAAACGUCUCAAGAACAGACCGAGAAGUAUGAGCAGUCUUAAUUCCCACAACAAGCCACAGAACACUCUGGAGCAAAAAGAGAAUCUAGUGAGUAUGUACGCACUAGCGCCCGACAUUGCUGACAUGGUUGCGAGCGUAUAUCAGAACCAGAACUCUAUUAGCACCACCACACAAGUCGUCCCGGAGCGGGACGAGAACAGAACCUUGGGAGCGUCUCCAGUAUCUUGUGCCACGGGGACACCCAGGACAGGAAUCAGGAGGAACCCUAGUUACGAGGCUGCGGAGUUCGUGAUGCACGAUGUAGAGAGCGAGGGAGAAGACGAUGAAGAAGGGAACGUAGAGCCUAAACAAACCAGCUUACUUCCUGACGAGUCUAAUCCGGAGGCGACAGAAAGUGAACCACUACCCACCAAAUCCCCUAAGAAGGGGAUCAAACAGCGGCUUAGCUUCAAGAAGAAGAGAGACAAGGGGAACACUCCCCAGAAGGCGAACACUCCUCAGAAGGCGAACACUCCUCAGAAAGCUAAUCUUAAAAGCCUGCCUCCAGAGACAGAGAAAAAGCGGACGAAGAAACAAUGUGUUGUGAUGUAGUCAUACGAGAUCAUGCUGAGUAACUCAGCUUGUAAAUAUCAUGGUCACUUUUCGGUUUGUUGAUGGGUGGAUUUUGGGUUUUAAAUCUGAAGGAUUUAAAGGAUUUGAGCCUUAAUAUACUGAAUACUUCAUUCAGUCAUUUUUCUCCAUUACAAGUACACAGGAAACAUCCGCUUUGCUCCACAAUUGCAUUGCAAGGAAUUUGUGGUCCGAAAAAGUGUAACAGCCAAACAACGGAUCGAUCACGAUGAAAUUCGCUUCCUUAAUUUUUGACGAUUUAAUAAUAUUUUGCUGUUUAUAAUAUUAUGGAAUAAUGUUAUAAUUUUCCGUUAUGAUUGUCAGAAAAUUACACUUGAUUUUUCACGAUUAUUUAAAUUAUUGUAUCAGAAAGCUUUCAAUAAAUUAAUAUAAAUUAAUAUUUUUUGUGGCGAACGCAAUUGGUGUGAUGUUUAAUUUGUAGCUAGAACAGAGAUGUUGUUCUUAAAUUACUUGAUAUUAACGACCCUACUGAUUAUGUACGUACCAUUAUAUCAAUUUUGGCUAGUUUCCGAGCAAUUACGUAACUCAUCGCACGACAUUUUAAUUGGUUAUCUUUUGAAAACGUACCUUUUACGCACGUUUAAAACAUAAAAGUUUGAUUUUACCAACUCUUAUGUAGACUCUAAUUUUGCCGAAUGAUAGAUUUUUUGAUGUUCUGGACCGGUAAAAAUAAGAUUGUUCUACCGUAUUGUCAGCUAGCUCACCAUUUUGUAUAAUAAAGUUUUUAAAUCAAAACUCAUUCACAAAAU